CCUUUAGUUGUCCUCUUUGAAGGUAGAAUAUGAAUGUACAAUACUUGGUGAUAGUUUUCCUAGUGAGUGAAUUGUUUGGUGUGAAUGCUAGGAAAGGCUGUGAUAAUGUGAGGGCUCCAUUGAAUGGCUUGAGAAAGAGGAGGCAUUUGACCUUCCCUGAAGGAACUGCUAUGGUUUUGACGAUGUCGGUGCUAAAAGCAAUAAUGGUGCACGCUCCAUCAGGCUGGAAUGUUGCAGUUGAAAUCGAUGUCAUCUACCCACUGCUGAGCCCAGAAGUGACAAAUGCUUUAUUCAGGAAGAAGCUUCACCAUAGACAGAAGAGAGAAUUUUGGGAGAAGAUGCAAAAUGCUCUUGAAAGUUACAACUUGAACGGUCGCUCCUGUAUUUAUCGAAGCAUAUGUGAAGCUAAAACACAUUUGGCUCCACCGGGAAAGUCUUUGGUGCAUGACAUUUUAAGGGCGAUAUUCUUUGCCCCAGUUCACGAAGAAGGAUUUAAGGACGAAGUUAAUGAAACUUAUAACGAACUAUUGGAACCAAAUGUGACUACAUCAGUGGUGAAAACGUUCAUGACCCACGUACCAUCAGGUUGGUUCGUGGUGGUUGAAGCGGAACUGGUGUACAUGCUGCCAGAUCAUACGAUGAUCAGCGCCCACAAGAGAAGGAAGCUUCAUCAUCGACAGAAGAAGGAGAUUUGGGAGACACUCAAAGGCGCUUUGGAGCAACGCAAUAUGAACGGGCGAGGCUGUAUCAUACGGACGAUAUGUGAGGCCAAGAUGCGGUUAGCGCCAAAAGGAAAGUCUCUCGUCCACGAUAUAUUAAGAGCUAUGUUCACAGCACCCUUGGAAGAAAGGGAGUUUGUCGAAGAAAUGGGCUUGACAUACAAUGAGUUAUUGGAACCAGACUUCUGUAUGAAAGCGAAUGACUGCCCGCUGUCUAUACUCAGCUUUAUUUUGGAUUUAAAUCGACAUAGAUAG